UGUGCAAGCAGCCAGGAAGUGGCAUGUUUGUGCAGUAACGUUGGUGGGAUACAUAAACUGCAUGCAAACUAAUUAUUACCUGUAUUUACAUAAAGCAUACAUUCGUAUAUGAAUGAAUUAAUACUAACCGUCAUACUAUUAAUGCAUUGUUAACCUAUACUAAAUAUGUUCUAUUGGAUUUAACCAGGAAGGUCUUUGUUUUCCUAGCUUUGUGUUUUUUGCAUUUGAUAUCCUUUUGAUGGUGUGUCAGCUGUUAGUUUGUGCUUCCCGUGCAAAGUGUGAUCUGUUCCUUGUCACAUUAGGCCAUCAUUAGUAACUGAAUAUUUUGCAAUCACUUGAUGUUGUGUGCUCACUAGGGCAAGUACAGAUUACACUAUACAUUGUCAAACUCAGUAAACGAUAAUAGACCUUAUCUAAUGGACUGACAUGGUGCAUGUUAAGUAGACUCACUUGAGGCUAUUAAUACACACCUGUGACUGGGCGCUUUAUGAAUUGGGGAUUUUUUUUCUUCUGGUCUUCUGGUUUCACCAAUGUGGCUUGCACUUUAUAUUCAUGUUGCUUUGAAACUUAACAUAAAAUAUAGCACAAGUGCACAAGAAUGGCCUUGUUCUAGAGACAGUGUUCUCAAGCUAGAAUUCAGAGAGCUCGACUGCUUUAUAUUGUUGAGCACAGCACACCAAUACAUGAAGCGUUUCCAGGAACUUCACUCUUCACUCAAGCAUUAAGCCUGUUGCCGUUCAGUGCCUUGGAAAAACGGUAAAACACUGUCACUUUAUUUAAACCUACAAUAUGCUGUCAUUAAGCCCUGUCUCAGCACAUGAAAGUGAAGCAAGCAUUUAUUUAUUGCUGUGGUAUUCAGAUGUUGUUCACUGUGGAUUUGAGGCCUUCAGCAGGCUGUAAACCCCUCCCUUCGCAGAUAUCUGAUGAAUGGACUCUUAUGAAAAGUUGGUUCCAAGCCAAAGACCUGAAAUUAAGCAUGUUGCACUUGAGCAACCUGGAAAAGCCAUGACCACAGCAUGAAUUUCACUUUAAGAGGAAGAGUAUGUUAAUGUGUCAUUAAUUUGUAGCGCAUUCACUAUCUCUCUCUGGAGUUCUACAUGGGCAGAACUCUACAGAACACCAUGAUAAAUCUUGGGCUGCAGAAUGCCUGUGAUGAGGCCAUCUACCAGCUUGGACUAGAUUUGGAAGAGCUGGAGGAGAUUGAGGAGGAUGCAGGAUUGGGAAACGGAGGGCUUGGGCGUCUUGCAGCUUGUUUUUUGGACUCAAUGGCAUCUUUGGGUUUGGCGGCAUAUGGAUAUGGCAUUCGUUAUGAGUUCGGCAUCUUCAAUCAGAAGAUCACCAAUGGCUGGCAGGUGGAGGAAGCUGAUGAUUGGCUGCGUUAUGGUAACCCUUGGGAGAAGGCCCGUCCAGAGUACAUGCUGCCUGUGCAUUUCUAUGGCCGAGUGGAGCAUACACAUGAGGGACCAAAGUGGGUUGACACCCAGGUGGUGCUUGCGAUGCCUUAUGACACUCCUGUGCCUGGUUAUAAAAACAACACUGUGAAUACUAUGAGACUGUGGUCUGCCAAAGCGCCUAAUGAUUUCAACCUGCAAGAAUUUAAUGUGGGAGAUUACAUACAAGCUGUACUGGACCGAAACCUGGCGGAGAACAUUUCCAGGGUGCUCUACCCCAAUGACAAUUUUUUUGAAGGGAAGGAGCUCCGUUUGAAGCAGGAGUACUUUGUGGUGGCUGCUACUCUGCAGGAUAUCAUCAGACGCUUUAAAUCUUCAAAGUUUGGCUGCCGGGAUCCCGUACGCACCUCUUUUGAGUCUUUCCCCGAAAAGGUGGCGAUCCAGUUGAAUGACACUCAUCCAGCUCUGGCGAUUCCUGAACUCAUGAGGAUCCUGGUGGAUAUAGAGGGGCUAGACUGGGAAAAGGCAUGGGAGGUCACCACAAAGACAUGUGCGUACACGAACCACACGGUGUUACCCGAGGCUCUGGAGCGCUGGCCGGUCUACAUGUUUGAGAAACUUCUGCCACGACACCUGCAGAUCGUCUACGAGAUCAACCGGCGGCAUCUGGAUAGCGUCGCUGCGUUGUUUCCAGGCGACAGUGACCGCUUGCGCAGGAUGUCCCUGAUCGAGGAGGGCGAUCCGAAGAGGAUCAACAUGGCCCACCUUUGUGUGGUCGGUUCCCACGCUGUUAAUGGAGUCGCACGGAUUCACUCAGACAUCGUCAAAACCACUGUGUUUAAGGACUUCUGUGACAUUGAGCCAGAGAAGUUCCAGAACAAGACCAAUGGCAUCACACCUCGUCGCUGGCUGCUGCUCUGCAACCCCGGCCUGGCUGACAUCAUCGCUGAGAAAAUAGGUGAGGACUUCCUGACAGAUCUUUUCCAGCUAAAAAAACUGCUGGACUUCGUCAAUGAUGAGAUGUUCAUUCGGGACGUGGCCAAAGUGAAACAGGAGAAUAAGCAGAAGUUUGCUGCGUAUCUGGAGAGUGAGUACAAAGUAAAAAUAAAUCCUGAGUCCAUCUUCGACAUCCAGGUCAAAAGAAUCCAUGAAUACAAGAGACAACUGCUCAACUGCCUGCAUGUCAUCACUUUAUACAACAGGAUUAAGAAAGAACCAAACAAGAAGUUUGUUCCCAGGACAGUAAUGAUUGGUGGAAAGGCAGCACCAGGCUAUCACAUGGCCAAAAUGAUUAUUAAACUGAUCACCUCAGUGGGGGAGGUGGUGAAUCAUGAUCCUGUGGUGGGAGACAGACUCAAGGUCAUUUUCCUGGAGAACUAUAAAGUCUCUCUAGCUGAGAAGGUGAUCCCUGCUGCAGACUUGUCCGAGCAAAUCUCCACGGCAGGCACAGAAGCCUCGGGUACAGGGAACAUGAAGUUCAUGCUUAACGGAGCUCUGACCAUCGGCACUAUGGAUGGCGCUAAUGUGGAGAUGGCAGAAGAAGCUGGAGAAGAAAACCUGUUCAUUUUUGGCAUGAGGGUGGAGGAUGUGGAGGCCAUGGACAAAAAGGGAUACAAUGCCAGGGAAUACUACGAGCGUCUGCCUGAACUGAAGCAGGUGAUGGAUCAGAUCAGCACUGGCUUCUUCAGCCCCAAAGAGCCUGAACUCUUCAAAGACAUCGUCAACAUGCUCAUUGACCAUGACAGGUUCAAGGUGUUUGCAGACUAUGAAGCAUACAUCAGCUGUCAAGAAAAAGUUAAUGAACUUUACAGGAACCCAAAAGAAUGGACCAAAAAGGUAAUCCGAAACAUUGCUGCUUCUGGAAAGUUCUCCAGCGACCGCACCAUCGCAGAGUAUGCGCGCGAGAUCUGGGGCGUAGAACCAUCCGACGUCAAGAUCCCACCACCUAACGAACCCCGUGAAUGAGAGAGCGGGCAACAUAAUGGUCUGACGGUAUACACUGGGUCUGCUCUCCUGUUCCUCAAGCUUUCCCUGUGUGUCCUUGUGCUUUGACUGGCUUCUCCUGAUUCAGAUUCGGGUUCCUCUCACUGUCCGUAACACCAUGUGAAGCCUUCACUGCUGUACAAAAAAUUAACUUUUUGCACGUUCACUCUAGUAUGUUUUAAAUCGCUGUUAGUUUCACAUGCCUAAUUAUCAUCAUGGUUUCCAUUCUGCAAAUUCAAUUUGUUAGUCAUCCGAGACUAAUUUAUUGAAGUUCGGUUUUGUUAAAACGAUUUCCAGCUUCAGUUUCAGAGCUAUUUAUGCGUCAGUUGGUGUCUAUUCUGAAUUUUUGUGCAUUCCUUGUUUGACUUUUGAGAGUGGCAGUUGUGACUGAUGAAACGGGGAACACUGUGGGAUCGAGCAAGAAACUUGAGUAUUUUAUGAAGCCAAAUUAGCAACUGGAAACCAUUCGAGACUUGAUUUAACACUUGUGUCCUAGAAUAAUUCUUAAACAUGACAGACUAAAUGUGGUUGCAGGUCAAAUAUUUUGUUUAAGUGUAUUUGCCUUAAAAUGUGGAAUUAGCAGUCAGAAACAAUAGCCUUAAAAGUAACAAAUGCAAACGGCAUUGAUGUAAUGACUCCAGAGUGCGUGUGAUGUGGUUGUUCAGUGUCCAAAUGAUCUUUUUAUGCAAGCUUUCAAAUGCAGGUUAAAGGGUGAUUGUGUGCAUACUGUGCAAUAUUAACAACAAUAAUAGAACACAUCCCUUUGUAAAUAUUUCAUGAAAUAACGAGAAUAGUUAUGGCAGCUGGCUGAUGUGAACUCGUGGGAAUUCAUCAUGUGCGUCCUUUAAAUAAUGUUAUAGUUGUGUGGUGUUUUUUUUUUUUUUUUUUUUUUUUUUGGAAGCUGAUUUAAUUUCCUCUACUGUUUCACACGGCAUUACCAAAAUGAGAUAUUUUGUCCGAUUCAUUUUACAAAGCAGCUUGAACUCUGGAAAUUCAUAAAUCAAACCCUGGCUUGAGUUUCAACUCGAAGCAGCAUUUCAGAUUGCAGUGGUUUUGAAUGUAUGCUUAUGGAUGUGCUAUUGAACAUUCAAUCCUUGUACCGAGGCCUUGUUUUCUUGCUGCAUUUUACACAAGUACUGUAUACAGUUAAUGGCGUUUAAACAAUGUUAACAAAUUAAAUAAAAAAAAUUCUGAAAACAAAAA